AUGGAGUUCUCAUCACCGUGUGCUGCUCUGCAACCUCCUUCCUUCGCGACACAUUUCGGCCACAGGCGCGACCUCCCCGUAUCACGACAGGCCCGGCUGGCCCAGACAAUUGGGGCCAACAGCUUCAACUUCAGAGACUUGAGCAUGAAGAAGCCUGAAAUAGACUACUUCACCCUCAAACCGGCGAGGGGGUCUUCGCCCACGGCCAGUCUCGCCGCGGACCUGUCCCGGAAUUUCCAUAUCGACCAGAGCCCGCAACUUCCUACACCACGCCGGUCGCUCUUCGCUCCCAACAUCUUCCAAGCGCCUGACAGCCGAGAGGGUGUAACAACACCGCCAAUCAGGUGGGAGGGCGUGACAACUCCACCAAUAUUGUCCUCUUCACCUGGAUUCGGCAACGAGUCGAUGGACAUCUCGCCGCUGCCGCACAAAGCCCCCUUCUCGCGCCUCGCACAGAUCAACAUCGUGUCGCCGACACCGGAGCAUACGCCGCUCGAUGAGGACAUGAUGUCGCUUUGUACCGAGCCGUCGAGUUCCUUGUUGGAGGUACCAAGGCCUCCGAGUGCAGCUGAACGCAAGAAGCCGUUCCCCCGACCAUCACUAUCUCGUACGAAAGGGUUCUCGACUAACACAAUCAUCUUGAAGCCUAAAGAGAGCCAGCUACCGGCUUUCACGUUUGGUGCCGUUGGUGGUGAGGCGUCAUGUGUGCUUACGCCAACUCUUGACGAAUGCUUCACCGAGUCCCCGCCCCAAGAACGAAAGCCGAUAUUCAACCCAUUGAUGCCAUCGCAGCGCCCAAGGCCGCCUCUCUUCAACAUGAGCCGCUCUUACCGUGGCAAUGGCUCGCCUGUAACAGGCAUCGUCAGGAAACCCGUGACGCGGCCGACGAAGCUGAGCCGUAGAUCGCAGAGCGUGUAUGCAGCGCCAGGUGAUGUCUGGAAAGAAGACAAGAAGUAUGCUCCCAGCGGGCUCCAGUCUGUCAUGGACAUCGAUGACACGCAUGAGCUCAAGCUUCCGCACUUCAUACCCAAUUCCAAUGACAAUCCGGACGGGCUACCUCGCAUUGAGCACGGCACCCUCGUCGACGUGCUUGACGGCAAGUACAAUCAUACAUACGAUGACAUUGUCGUUGUUGAUUGCCGGUUCGAAUUCGAAUUUGAAGGCGGCCACAUCCGUGAUGCUCUGAACUUCAACAGCAAGGAUGAGCUUGCCGACAAACUCUUCGCCGAAAAUGCACGGCCAGCCAGCCCAAACACUCUACUGAUCUUUCACUGCGAGUACUCCCAGCAUCGUGCUCCGCUUAUGGCCAGGUUCGUUCGCCAACGCGAUCGAAGAGUAAACGAGGAGAACUAUCCUCGACUUACCUAUCCUGAGAUGUACAUUCUCGAGGGAGGCUACUGCGCGUUUUACAAGCAGCACAACACACGUUGUCUUGGAACGUACGUCAGCAUGGAAGACAAAGCUCAUGAACGCACGGUCGAGAAAGAGCUUGCUAAGAUUAAAGACAACCACCGCGGCAAGUUAAGCCGCGCACAUACGUACACGCUCGGCCAACAACCCUGGCAGGCUUGUCAGAUGGAGGACAGUCCGACAGCCAUGGGCAGGUCUUAUGUCCGCAGCCUCCUUCCAGUCGAUCUCAUGCUCGACAACGACUUCAACUCUCGACGAUUUCAUGCUCCUCGCACUGCCUCGUAUUAA